CCAUGCAUGGUUCGUGGCCCCGUGUUUGGUCACACUCACAGGCUCGUUUCUUCACAUGAGGAGUUUUUCUAUCUGCACUCAAGUAUUGCGAGAUCGAGUGCGACUUUCCCCCUCUUUGUUGCUCUUCUCGAGGAUGUCAUCAUCAUCCAGCAAGUCCUUGACCAAGUUCGUCGUUUAUGCACCCGAUAAAGAAGGCACCCUUGAUCUGAGGUAUCAGGUCCGUCAACGCCAUUUGGAUGGAAUUGUGCCUACGGUAAAGUCCGGGGUGAUGAAGCUUGGAGGUAUGAUGGUCGAUCCAGAAAGCGAUGUCAACCUCCCUCAGAAGAAAGCCAUCGGAUCCUUGGUCAUCUACGAGGCGGAAUCCGUAGAGCAGGUCAAGAGGAUGGUAGAGACCGAUAUUUACUACACCUCUGGCGUAUGGGAUCAAGAAAAGUUAGUUAUCUGUCCGUUUUUCGCUGCCACUCCGUGGCCAUGAAGACACAACCAUCUAUCAAGGUGUACUCAAUCAUGUGGCGAAUAAAUGAUGAAUCAGUAUCCUGUCAUUCUAUACUGAGCAGUCUACGUCCAGCGCUGUAAGGACCCACUUUUACUUCGUAGCCACUGCUUUGGCCAUAUGCAUAUGUUCACCAACACCACUCCGUUUCCACGUAGGGCCACCAGAUGUCCUGGACUCCCUGCUAGAUCGAUAACAUGCUGUAGUC